CCGAGUGGAAACCGGGGCAGCCCACGGGACGCAGGUUCGAGCGCAAAGCUGAUCCUUCGAACUGCGCUGCCUGCGAGGGGAGCUGGUUGUCGUCAAUCAACCUGUCUGGGGACUUGUGUCUCGAGGUCCUCCUGGGUCCUCCCGGAGCGUCCCAGUAAAUUGAGUAGCCGAGGUUUGGAGACGGCUUUGAAAAGUGCGAGGCCACGAAAGGCCUGAGAGGGAGGGAAACAUUCUUAGCGAAAAUUUGAUUUGCAUUGGGCUUUUAUAUGUAGAACCCUGUUGUCGUGUGCUGUUCUUGACACAGGGGUAAAUCCUCACGUGUUUGAAUUUGCUGCUACAAAAACCUGCAUCUGGAGGGGAGGAAAAUGCUAUUAAAAUUAGAAAUUAAACAACAUUUUCAUAUGAAAUUGGAUUCUGGUUUGGGAGGGCGUCGGAGAGAAUUGAGAUUGAAUGGAAAUAAUUCUAUUGUGCUCGUAGUUUUUGGUUUUUAGUUACUUUUUGUCAUACAAAACUAAUUCUAACUUCUGUUGAGAAGUUUCACUUCAGAACCCUGUGGAUCUGUAGCAGGGGUCUUUAGAAACUCCAAGGUGUUUUUUCCAUACUAGAGUUCCAUUGCUUCUCCCCAGAGAGCCAUGAUCAAGCCCUAUGUUAACAUGAAUUCUACAGAGGAAUCCUGCCCUACCUCCUCACACUGAUGAUGUGGGGCCACUCUGGGAAUUCCUGUUGAGGUCUCACAAGGCUCAGGCUGCGUCAGGAACCCCGUCUCCUGCGUCCACAUCCUGGAGCCUUGGAGAGUUCCUUAGGAGCGGUUGGUUGACUGGGGACCUCUCCUGUGGUGGGAAUAGGGUUGCACCCUCUGAAGAUGGACAGACAUUUAACUCAUGGAGCAGCAACACUUUUGCAUGAAGAGGAGCAGGUGUUGAGGGAAUUUACCUAAUCGAUUUUGUGGAAGUAGUACAGUCCAGGCAGGAAGAAGAAUUUUGAGGAGCAACAGAUGUCCCUUCACUCCCAAGGCUGCAACGGGGCUCGACACCACCACUGUUCUCCCAGGCACCUGGCAAAGCUGAGAAGGUGCCUUCAAGUCUAUGGACCUAAAUCGUGUCAUCAAACUCUUCGAAGAGACUGGUAAAGAUGAUUUGGAAGAAAGACAACUUAAAUCUGUCAAGAAAUUGGUGCAGUGUUAUCAAAAUGGAUUUCCCCUAAGGGAUUUAGCACAGAUAUUUAAAAUUCUGAAUCUAUGCACAGAAAAAAUUAAAACACAGCCCCAUUUUAUAGAACCUGCAUAUAAUAUCAUAAAAUUAUGUGGCUUGCCAUUUUUGAAAAAGAAAGCAUCAGAUGAAAUAACAUAUGCUGAAGAUACUGCUAAUUCAGUUGGACUUUUGGGUGACUUAAUGAAAAUACCAAAUUCUGAAUUGAGGAUUCAAAUUUGUAAGUGUAUUAUUGACUUUUAUCAUGCAGAGCCACCAAAAAAGCAUAUUACAGGUUACCAGCAGGCUAGUUCCUCGUAUAAGAUUAAAAUGGCUGAAGUUGGAGGACUGGCAAAAACAAUGGUUCAGUCGUUGGAGUUGCUUGAAAAUCAACUUGUUGAGAAACUUUGGGUACUUAAAGCUCUGCAACAUCUCUCAACUUCUGAAGUUAAUUGUACUUUAAUGGUGAAAGCACAAGCAGCCAGUGGAAUCUGUGCUCACCUCAAUGACCCAGAUCCCUCUGGACAACUUUUAUUUCGUUCAUCUGAAAUACUUUGGAACUUACUGGAAAAAUCUUCAAAAGAAGAAAUCAUACAACAGCUUAGUAAUUUGAAAUGUUUGCUGGCUUUGAAGGAAGUAUUUAAAAAUCUGUUUAUAAGAGGCGUUAGUCAUUAUGAUCGUCAGCUUAGAAAUGACAUAUUAGUGAUCACAACAAUUAUAUCUCAAAAUCCUGGGGCACCAAUGAUUGAGUCUGGCUUUACCAGGGAUUUGAUAUUAUUUGCAACAUUUAAUGAAGUUAAAAGUCAAAAUCCUUUGGUAAAAGGUGUUAAGGUUUCUAAUUCCUAUGAAGAUUUUGAGUUGAAGAAAUUGCUAUUCAAUAUAAUUGUGAUCCUAUGUAAAGAUUUAUCUACUAUACAGCUAUUAAUUGAUGGCAAAAUAAUUUUGGCUUUGUUUACCUAUGUUAAAAAGCCUGAGAAACACAAAAUACUUGAAUGGUCUGCAGCACAGUAUGAAGAACUACAGCUGCAUGCAAUUGCCACUUUGUCAUCAGUGGCUCCUUUUUUAAUAGAUGAGUACAUGUUCUAUACGGGAAAUGCUCGAGUCCUUGAAUUUCUAACAUGGUGUGACAAUGAAGAUUCCUUCUUUAGUCAUGGUAACAGUUUUCAUGGUGCAGGUGGCCGUGGCAACAAGUUUGCCCAGAUGCGUUACAGUUUAAGACUCUUGAGAGCCAUGGUCUACCUUGAGAAUGAUACUAUAAACAAGGAUCUGUGUGAAAAGGGAGCAAUUCAGCAACUAAUAGGAAUCUUUAAAAAUACAAUCAGCAAGUAUAAUGAUAAGGAAGAGGCCAUUCUUCUGGAAAUUCAGUCUGAUAUUUUACUUAUUUUAUCUGGUCUUUGUGAAUAUCAUAUUCCUGGGAAGGAAAUUUUUGGAACUGGAGGAGUGGAUAUAAUUCUUCAUGUAAUGAAAACAGACCCCAAGAAGUUACAGAGUGGAUUAGGCUAUAAUAUACUUCUUUAUAGUACAUUGGACAGCAUUUGGUGCUGCAUUUUGGGAUGUUACCCCUCAGAGGAUUACUUUCUUGAAAAAGAAGGCAUUUUUCUCCUUUUGGAUUUAUUAGCAUUGAACCAAAAAAAAUUCUGCAGUCUAAUACUUGGAAUAAUGGUUGAAUUUUGUGAUAAUCCCAAAACUGCGGCUCAUGUCAAUGCUUGGCGAGGGAAGAAGGACCAGACAGCUGCUAGUCUUUUAAUUAAAUUGUGGAGAAAGGAAGAAAAAGAACUAGGAGUAAAACGUGAUAAAUAUGGGAAGAUUGUUGAUACAAAGAAACCUCUAUUUACUAGUUUCCAAGAAGAGCAAAAAAUCAUACCACUGCCUGCUAACUGCCCAACUGUUGCAGUUAUGGAUGUUGCUGAGAACAUCAGAGCAAAAAUUUAUGCUGUGUUGGGUAAACUAGAUUUUGAAAAUUUACCUGGCUUAUCUGCUGAAGAUUUUGUCACUCUAUGUAUCAUACAUAGAUACCUUGAUUUUAAAAUUGGAGAAAUAUGGAAUGAAAUAUAUGAAGAAAUAAAAUUAGAAAAGCUAAGACCAGUCACCACAGACAAAAAAAUUUUGGAAUCUAUUACAGCAGCAUCAGAAAAUAUUGGAAAGAUGGUUGUUUCUCUGCAAAGUGAGAUGAUUGAAAGCCAAGCACGCCAAGAUGUGCAAAAUGAACAAAAAGUAUAUGCAAAAAUACAAGCCACACACAAGCAAAGAGAAUUGGCUAAUAAAUCAUGGGAAAAUUUCUUGGCCAGAACAUCAAAUGCUAAAACAUUAAAGAAAACAAAAAGACUUCAAGAGAAAGCUAUAGAAUCCUCUAGAUAUGGUGAAAGACCACAAAAUGCAACAUUUCACAGGACAGAUAUUAAAGGCCUUAAUGCAACAGUGCCCUCUGGUGGGGUAGUAACAGUGGAAAGCACUCCUGCCCGAUUAGUGGGAGGACCUCUGGCUGAUACAGAUAUUGCUCUUAAGAAACUGCCUAUUCGAGGAGGAGCCUUACAGAGGGUGAAAGCAGUAAAAACUGUGGAUGAGCCAAAGAAGAGUGAGCCCACAUAAAAUACUCUAAAGGGUUUUUGUAAUAAAUUCCACUUAUAAUUUUUAGCUAAAUAUCCUUAUAUAUAAAUGUAAAGCAAGCAUUUUAGAGUAAAUAUUUUAGUAAAAUACUAUUAAAAAUAAAAGUAAGGGCAUAUAAUGUAUUUUUACUGAAAAUAUCAACAUAUACUUUGAGAAAAGUUGUCAUCAAUUUCUUUCUAGAGAUUACAGUCCUCUUAACUGAAAAUUGUAAAACAUAUUGUAUCAGUUAAGACUCUUUCAGCUGAUGUGAGCAGCUCCAACUGGUUUGAGCCAAAAAGCAAAACCAAAAAAAAACACAACAAAAAUCAAAUAUAAAACUAAUUAAAGGUAUUGUUGGAUCCAGGAACUGAAACUCUGUGAGUAGGCUCUUCUCUUUUCCUAGAAGCUCCUGAAUUAUAUUCUCCCAGGUUGAUAUCCAGUAGUAAAGAGUGCAUGCCUACCUCUCAACACUCUCUGCAACUGUCUCUGCAUCUUGGGACAUCUGAUUGGCCACAUACCCACUCCUGAACCAUUCAUCAUGACCUUAGCCAGAUCUGAGAACUGCUUACACCCAGAGCCUGAAGGAGGCCAGUCCCAUCUAAAGCAUAUGGGUAGAGUGGGAAAUCAGGAUAAGUACAUAAGUUGUUAUAAAUAUAUGUAAGUAUGGGCAGCAAAAAUUUUGCAGCAAAUAUGUUGGUCAAAGUAAAAGUUCUUCUCCUAUAAAAACCAAAUGUUAGUUAUAAGCUAAACAACAAAAAUUAAAAAUAAAGAUGGUUUUUA